GGAUCGAGCCUGAAACCUGGGCACAUGCGCUGAUCAGGAAUCGAACCACGAUCUCCUGGAUCGUAUAGGUCGAUACGCGACCGGUGAGCCAUGCUGGUCUGGCAAAGGUACUGUUUUUUUAAUCACCAUUUUAUAGAUGUUGAAGUUGAGACCCAGAGAGCUGAAAUCAUGAGGUUAAUGUCCCAGAGCUGGGAAGUGAUAGGGUCAGAAUUUGAACCCAGGCAGUUUGCAGACAACUGAAAUUAUUUCUUGUGCAGAUGGUAGUUUUUCUGUAACACUGAUUCUAGAUAUUUGUGACGGGAUUAAUCUAGUAGUUCUGUGUAAAUUUAGAGAUGCUAACCCUCUUCAGUUUGCUAAAAACACCCACAACUAGCUAACCCUAGAGUUCUGCUUAAAAAACACCUCUGUGUUUGGGUUGUCAUGACCUGCUUCCUACUGCCACCUUAUUUGAUUCAUCUUUGCAAUGAGGAAAUCGUUAUUCAAGGUCGCAACAAUAACAAGGGACUGCCUCAGUCUACGAUUUCUUUUGAUGGAAUCUAUGCAAAUAUGAGGAUGGUUCAUAUACUUACAUCAGUUGUUGGAUCCAAAUGUGAAGUACAAGUGAAAAACGGAGGUAUAUAUGAAGGAGUUUUUAAAACAUACAGUCCUAAGUGUGAUUUGGUACUUGAUGCUGCACAUGAGAAAAGUACAGAAUCCAGUUCAGGACCAAAACGUGAAGAAAUAAUGGAGAGUAUUUUGUUUAAGUGUUCAGACUUUGUUGUGGUACAGUUUAAAGACAUGGACUCCAGUUAUGCAAGAAGAGAUGCUUUUACGGACUCUGCCAUCAGCGCUAAGGUGAAUGGUGAGCACAGAGAGAAGGACCUGGAGCCCUGGGACGCGGGGGAGCUUGCGGCCAGUGCAGAGCUAGAAGCUCUGGAAAACGAUGUGUCUAAUGGAUGGGAUCCCAAUGAUAUGUUUCGAUAUAAUGAAGAAAAUUAUGGUGUAGUGUCUACAUAUGAUAGCAGUUUAUCUUCAUAUACGGUGCCCUUAGAAAGGGAUAACUCGGAAGAAUUUUUAAAACGAGAAGCAAGAGCAAACCAAUUAGCAGAAGAAAUUGAAUCAAGUGCCCAGUACAAAGCCCGGGCAGCCCUGGAAAACGAUGAGAGGAGCGAAGAAGAAAAGUACACGGCGGUCCAGAGACACCCCAGUGAGCGCGAGGGCCACGGCGUCAGCACCAGGGAAAAUAAAUAUAUUCCUCCUGGACAAAGAAAUAGAGAAGUCAUAUCCUGGGGAAGUGGGAGACAGAAUUCACCACGUAUGGGCCAGCCUGGAUCGGGCUCCAUGCCGGCAAGAUCCACCUCUCACACUUCAGAUUUCAAUCCGAAUUCUGGUUCAGACCAAAGAGUAGUUAAUGGAGGUGUUCCCUGGCCAUCGCCUUGCCCAUCUCCUUCCUCUCGCCCACCUUCUCGCUACCAGUCAGGUCCCAACUCUCUUCCACCUCGGGCAGCCACCCCUACACGGCCGCCCUCCAGGCCCCCCUCGCGGCCAUCCAGACCCCCGUCUCACCCCUCUGCUCAUGGUUCUCCAGCUCCUGUCUCUACUAUGCCUAAACGCAUGUCUUCAGAAGGGCCUCCAAGGAUGUCCCCAAAGGCCCAGCGACACCCUCGAAACCACAGAGUUUCUGCUGGAAGGGGUUCCAUUUCCAGUGGUCUAGAAUUUGUAUCCCAUACCCCACCAAGUGAAGCAGCUGCUCCUCCAGCAGCAAGGACCAGUCCCGCGGGGGGCACGUGGUCAUCAGUGGUCAGCGGGGUUCCAAGAUUAUCCCCCAAAACUCACAGACCCAGGUCUCCCAGACAAACCAGUAUUGGAAAUACUCCUAGUGGACCAGUUCUUGCUUCCCCCCAAGCUGGGAUCAUUCCGGCUGAAGCUGUUGUGAUGCCUGUUCCAGCUGCAUCUCCUACACCUGCCAGUCCUGCAUCCAACAGAGCUGUUACCCCAUCUACUGAGGCUAAGGAUUCCAGGCUUCACGAUCAGAGGCAGAACUCUCCUGCAGGGAGUAAAGAAAACAUGAAGCCCAAUGAGACAUCACCUGGCUUCUCAAAAGUUGAAAAUAAAGGUAUAUCACCAAUUGUUUCCGAGCAUAGAAAACAGAUUGAUGAUUUAAAGAAAUUUAAGAAUGAUUUUAGGUUACAGCCAAGUUCUACUUCUGAAUCUAUGGAUCAACUGCUAAACAAAAGUAGAGAGGGAGAGAAAUCAAGAGAUUUGAUCAAGGACAAAAUUGAACCAAAUGCUAAGGAUUCUUUCCUUGAAAAUAGCAGCAGCAACUGCACCAGUGGCAGCAGCAAGCCGAACAGCCCCAGCAUUUCCCCCUCAAUCCUCACUAAUACAGAGCACAAGAGGGGGCCUGAGGUCACAUCCCAAGGGGUUCAGACCUCCAGCCCGGGAUGCAAACAGGACAAAGAGGAGAAAGAGGAGAAAAGAGACGCAGCUGAGCAAGUGAGGAAAUCAACAUUGAAUCCCAAUGCAAAGGAGUUCAACCCUCGGUCUUUUUCUCAGCCAAAGCCUUCUACCACCCCAACUUCGCCUCGUCCUCAAGCACAGCCUAGCCCAUCUAUGGUGGGCCAUCAGCAGCCAACCCCAGUUUAUACUCAGCCCGUUUGUUUUGCACCAAAUAUGAUGUAUCCAGUCCCUGUGAGCCCAGGCGUGCAACCUUUAUACCCUAUACCUAUGACGCCCAUGCCAGUGAACCAAGCCAAGACCUAUAGAGCAGGUAAAGUACCAAAUAUGCCCCAGCAGCGGCAAGACCAGCAUCAUCAGAGCACCAUGAUGCACCCCGCCUCGGCAGCAGGCCCCCCGAUCGUGGCUACCCCGCCAGCUUACUCCACACAGUACGUUGCCUAUAGUCCUCAGCAGUUUCCAAACCAGCCUCUUGUUCAGCACGUGCCACAUUACCAGUCACAGCACCCUCAUGUCUACAGCCCUGUGAUUCAGGGCAAUGCCAGGAUGAUGGCACCCGCAGCACACGCCCAGCCCGGCCUUGUGUCGUCUUCCGCGGCUCAGUACGGGGCUCACGAGCAGACGCACGCGAUGUAUGCAUGUCCCAAAUUACCAUACAACAAGGAGACAAGCCCUUCUUUCUACUUUGCCAUUUCCACUGGCUCCCUUGCUCAGCAGUACGCGCACCCUAAUGCUACCCUGCACCCACAUACUCCACAUCCUCAGCCUUCGGCCACCCCCACCGGACAGCAGCAAAGCCAGCAUGGUGGAAGUCACCCUGCGCCCAGCCCCGUUCAGCACCAUCAGCACCAGGCCGCCCAGGCCCUCCAUCUGGCCAGCCCGCAGCAGCAGUCAGCCAUCUACCACGCGGGGCUUGCGCCCACCCCCCCAUCCAUGACACCUGCCUCCAACACGCAGUCGCCACAGAAUAGUUUCCCAGCAGCACAACAGACCGUCUUCACGAUUCACCCUUCUCAUGUUCAGCCGGCCUACACCAACCCACCCCACAUGGCCCACGUACCUCAGGCUCAUGUACAGUCAGGAAUGGUUCCUUCUCAUCCAACUGCCCAUGCGCCAAUGAUGCUAAUGACGACACAGCCACCCGGCGGUCCCCAGGCCGCCCUCGCUCAAAGUGCACUACAGCCCAUUCCAGUCUCGACAACAGCGCAUUUCCCCUAUAUGACGCACCCUUCAGUACAAGCCCACCACCAACAGCAGUUGUAAGGCUGCCCUGGAGGAACCGAAAGGCCAAAUUCCCUCCUCCCUUCUACUGCUUCUACCAACUGGAAGCACAGAAAACUAGAAUUUCAUUUAUUUUGUUUUUAAAAAAUAUAUGUUGAUUUCUUGUAACAUCCAAUAGGAAUGCUAACAGUUCAUUGCAGUGGAAGAUAUUGGACCGAGUAGAGGCAUUUAGGAACUUGGGGGCUGUUCAUAAUCCACACGCUGUUUCAGAGCCCCGCAGGUACCCCUCUGCUUGCUGAAACUGGAAGUUAUUUAUUUUUAAUGACCCUCAAAAGUCACGAACACAUCAGCUAGCAAAAGUAACAAGAGUGAUUCUUGCUGCUAUUACUGCUAAAAAAAAAAAAAAA